CGACGUCAUUGGGGAAAUUGAGUAAGCUGAGGUUAUGAGCGACGUCGAUAGGAUCCUUUUUAGGUGUGUUUCUCCGCUGAGCCUGAGCUUGGGUGUGGCUUCUUCGGUUCAUCGAGGCUCCCUGGCGUCGGAUUGGACUCGAGUGCACUGGUAGAUAAUCCAGAAUGCUGAAGGAUGCCUUUGACCAUCUUACCAACCACUUCACCUUUGCUAUCUCCUUCAUCUAGAAAAAUCCCCCACACCAAGAUCCCACCUAACCCCACACGUUUAUCGGAUAAUCAACAUGCCUGCAUCCGAAGCUGAAACCAAAGAAGCUUUUGCCCUGUUUGAUAAAAAGGGUACCGGAACCAUCAGUCGAGAAAGCUUGGGUGAUCUGCUCCGAGCCCUGGGCCAGAAUCCGACUCAAGCCGAGGUGGCCGAACUCGCCGCUAGCGCGCCCCGUGAUAUCGACUUUGCCACUUUCUCCGCUAUCCUCAAUCGACCGGGAGGAUUUUCGCCUGCGGGAACGGCCGAAGACUUUAUACGAGGCUUCCGUGUGUUCGAUAAGGACGGUAACGGAUACAUCGCAGCUGGCGAACUCCGAUACGUGUUGACCAGCUUGGGAGAGAAGCUCAGUGAUGAAGAGGUCGACGAGCUGAUGAAAGGCGUCCAGAUCGAAAGUGAUGGCAGAAUCGACUACGAGAAAUUCGUCAGGGGCAUUCUGCAGCAAUGAGCCGACCAGACCGUUUUCUUUCUCACUGGAUUAUGAGGGCGUCUACGCUUGUGUAUUCGCAAAAUCCUUCACACCAGAAUUUAAUUUAUGCUUUACCGCCUCCUCUCAAAUAAGGAAUUUAGAUAUUUGGAUUGUUGAUCAUUCUGGUUUGUGCGAUGUGGUGUGACUCGGGGGAGGGGGGGAUGUGUGGCCCAAUGAGACUCAGGUCAGAGAGCUUUCGCUGGAAAUUUG